AUGUCUCAUCUCACUUACACCUCGUACGAGGGCUACGGCCAAAGAUCCCAAAAGACCCUUUGGUAUAGCCAAGCUGUGCGCGUUGGAGACAUAAUUGAGUGCGCCGGUCAAGGAGGAUGGGACCGCGAAACAGACAAGAUCGACCCCAACGUCGUGGUACAAAUCAGAAAAGCCUUUGACAAUGUGGACCACGCGCUCAAGCUGGCAGGCAGUCGCGGCUGGGAGGACGUCUUUUUCCUGCGCUCGCACCAUCUCCCCUGCAACCAAGAAGCCAUGGAAACCAUGGUGGCAUGUCUGAAGCAAUACUGCCCCAACCACCAACCGACGUGGACAUGCCUGGGAGUUCCGCGAUUGGCUUUUGAUGAUAUGCGGGUCGAGAUUGAGGUUCGUGCCCACGCACCCGUCGAUCGAAAGUAG